CAAGUUAACCCUAUUAUAUACAAGGAAAUCGGGACAAAAAUAAAUUUCCCGAAUCGGGAAUUUCCGAGCCAAAAAACGUCGGGAAUUCCGAUUUUGGUAAAUCUGUUUGGCGGGAUCCAUAUUUAAUAAUAAGGUGUGUUUUAUACUACGAAUCAAGAACUUAGGUUUUUUAGCGAUGAAAAUGGAAAAAAUCUGGCAUCUUUGCACCUUAAAAGUUCAAAAAAUUUUUUGCCUCCCCAAGCCCCCUUGAAAUCAGCGCCCACUGGCUACGAUUCUUCCACUAAUUUUAAGAGUCGAUUUGUUCAAUUCUAUGGUGAUAUUUAUUUAAAAAUGGAGGGUUUUAUAGCUUUACUUACUAAAAAAAAGUUAAAUUUUUCCGUCAACAGUUAUUGUCAAUACCUUUCUUUUUACAUUAUUGUUUAUUUUUAUUUUCAGUCAACCAGCGUUCUUUAUCCACCAUUAAAUUUCUUUUUUGUAAAUUCUAUCACUGCAGCAAUGAAAUCAUUGGAAACGACUGCUUGUUUGCAAGUUUCACCAGUCUUUCUUCACAGCAAAUUAGACCAAAUAUUGCGUGAUCAAUUUCGUUCAACUUUUCCAGAUUUUUUUCCAAAACGUUUAACAUCUAUAGCAGAUAAUUUGGCAGCUCCAUCUUCUAUAAUUGAUUUUGAAGCUAUUCGGAAAACAACAACAAAUUCAUCUACAAGUUGUACAAGUUUAGUUAAUAAACAAUCAAAUGUUGGUGUGACAACAGAAAAUUUGAUGGAAAACGAGAAACUCGAAAAAAAUGUUUUGAUUAAUGGAAGAGUAGUUAUGGGUGGAGGAGUAGGUGGGGGAUCAAAUGUCGUCUCUAGCAGUACCAAUGAAUCUAAAUUGUCAACAACUUCAAGCAGUACAGGGCAAAUUAAAGUAGAACCUGAAGGUGUGGGAGGAGAAGGUUUCGGAAAAAAUUUAAAAAAUGUUGGAGAGAGUGUAAGGGAAGGAGGAAGAGAAAUUGGUGGAGGGGGGACAGCAGGAGGAAAGGAAAAGGACGGAGGAAUGGGAGGAGGAGGAACAAUUUUGAGAACAACUUCAGGAACUCGUAGACCUUUAACUACAUCAACUUCAUCAAUAGAAAUAUCCACUUCCCCUUUAAAGAAAAAAUUAAAAAAAGAGGAAGAAGCUGGGGGUGGACGUUCUCCUCAACUUGAUAAAUUUAAAAAAGAAAAGAAGAAGGAAGAAAAACAACAAAAAUUAUUGAAGAAAAAUGAAGGAGGAGGAAUUAAUAAUAAUUCGAAAUUGACUUCAAAUUAUGUUGCUGGUGAAACAGCAACAACGAAAAAAUUGGGUAAAAAUUUAUGUGUUUUUAAUUUUUGACAAAAAAUAUUUAGUUUAGGGAUUUUUAGAAUAUUUGGGGACCUUUCCAAUUUGACCAUCUAUUUCUUUGGGAUUUUAUUUUUAUAUUGGUUCUGGGUCGGUUUUUUUUUAUUGAUGUAAACUUUCGAGUAUUUUUUGGGGGUUUUUGAAUAUUCAAAUAGACCUAAAAAAGAGGCAUUGACCAGAAAUUGAAUGAAUUAUAGAUUCUUAUAGACCCAGUUUGAAAUUGGGCCUGGACGUAAAAAUUUUUUUUUGGCUCUUUUACACAAUAUAGGCCUAAACUAAGUUUAUACGUC